AUGGAUGGAGCCAGGGCAAGGGACAGCAGUGAAGACAGCAAGGAUGACCAGACCACAGAGAAGGACCUGGCUGGCACAGCAAAGGAGGAAACCUUCGUAAAGGGCAGUGAGAGUACUCCGCUAUGCAAGACUGAGCUCAUCCGCUGCGCAGGCGGCCUUGAUGAGGACACCUUUAAAGUUUGCAAGGAGCUUUUCAGACCUUUUAAGAAGUCACUUAGGAAGCUGCAUUUGCCCCUGCACCUCUCCCCACAGAAAAAAGCAAAGUACAUGAAGAAAAGUUUGACCGCAAUUGGGGACCACAUUGAACGGUUUCUCCGGCAGUACUGCAGAGACGCAGAAGUCAAGCUCUGGCAGAAGUACUUCUGGCGCUACAUUGCCCUCUUUUCAGAGACGGAUGCAAAUCAGCUGUGGAAGCUGUAUAAGUACAUCAAGAACAAUCGCACGGAUAAGUUUCUGAAAUUAUAUUGCCCUCCAGAAAACAGAGAUUCCUUUCCACAACUUGAAGAAUCGAAACUGAAGCAGCUUUACAUCAGCUGGGGUCUCUCCAAGCAACCCACAAGAACACUUAGGCCAAGAGACCAUCACCACCAACACACCUGCAAAGUCACUGCUCAGCAAGAAUGACUGAUGAGAGUUUUAAGGUUCCCAAACAACUUGGAGGUCGACAGAAAGACAGAAAUCAAUGAAUACAGCAUCAUCAUCUGAACAAAAAACAUGGAAUAAAGACAGUC